UAUACUUUUCUUUAUUCUCCUGACUAUAAUUACGCUACAAAAUAGUUAUGGGUGAUACAUAAUGUUUGUAAUCAAGAUGAUUAUAUAAUUAACGAGACUGUAAAAUACGAAAUACAUUUUUUCAAUCGAAUAACGCAAUGCAUCAAAGCAAAUAAGAUUGAUUUCUCGAUAAGAGCCAAUAUAAUCAUGCUCAAAUGUGGUUAUACUAGCCAAUUCAGACAAUGUUUCCUCAGACAUUUCUUCAUUAUUGUUAACUGUAUGUUUUAAUAAUUGUGUAUUAUCUUGCACCGUAGUUUGCUUGUGUUGGAACAAUGGAAUUAACGUGAGUUACAACUUUCUUGUAAUUCUGUGUAAAUUAACGACAGCUUGACAACUACUGCGACAGUGUGAACAUUUGAUGGCAUUGGCCAUCCCCACCACGACGUACAUUAAACAGAGAUAGCACCACCGCAGCUAUUGCUCUCUCUUACUAAUCAUGUCUUCAGCCUUUCUCAUGGGAUGGCGCAGUCUAUUAUAUAAGUCUAUGGAUUCAACGACGAGUCGGAAUUUUUUUUUAAAUCCAGUAGUACGACUCAAUAAUGGAGCACUUGUAAUUUUCAUUGUCCUUUUCAGAUAGUCAAUUGGAGAAAGCUUUUCUUUAUUUCCUUCAUUGUAUAUAUUCAAAGCUCAUUAAGUAUUAAAUGCGAUAAAAUUUCAUAAUUUAGGAUUGUUAAUAAAUAUGAUGAAUAAUGCAUUAAUAAUUAACUACUUCACGCAGUUUCUUCUUUCGUUUGCGACUCAGUCCCUGCAAAGAAUUGCGCAAGAAACUACUGGAAAAUUGAGAUUAUUCAGCGAUUUAGCGUUAUCACAGGGUCGUAACCCGAACCAUCGGCAAUAUUUUGAUAUUUCAGAGUCCCCCAUUCAGUCAUACUCUUUACAUUGCUGCAAAGAUGCUGUCGAGAGUCUGUCUCGCACUUUUAUUGCUGCUCCCUGCGAGUCUUGCUAAUGUCGAAUGCCCCAAAAUCAUCGGAAGGACGCAGUGGACUUCCACUCCCGCCGGUGCUGUGAAUUAUUUAAUUAUACCGAUACUCUACGUGGUGAUACAUCACACAGUCACCCCCGAGUGCAAUUCUCGUCAAGAGUGUACAUCCCGCGUCGAUGGGAUCCGCGGCUACCACAUGGAUGAUCUCGGCUGGGACGACAUCGGUUAUUCCUUCUUGAUUGGUGGUGAUGGAAAUGUAUAUGAAGGAUGUGGAUGGACACGCGAGGGAGCACAUACUUACGGAUACAAUAAGAAAUCCAUCGGUAUAGCUUUCAUCGGAAAUUUUCAGAACAAAGACGCUAGUCAGGAAAUGUUAAACGCUGCGCAUAAGUUGAUCGAAUGCGGCAAGGAUCAGGGUAUCCUUCGAAGCAAUGUACGGGUCAUCGGUGCGCGGCAGGUGAGACAGACAUCCAGUCCCGGGAAUCAACUUUAUGAACAGAUCCAAGAUUGGUCUGAAUGGAGCAAUCCUUAAGUACAAGUAUUUGGAAUAGGACGACGAAUAGAAAUGGGCUUCGAUCAGAUUAAAUGUUACGUUUCGAGUAAGAUAUUUAUCUUUAAUCUUUAAGCCAGUGACUUUUUUAAAAUUUAAAAUAUGAGUCUUAUUUUUUUACAAGGUCUAAAUAUGUUUUAAUUACAUUUUUUAUGAGGGAGAAAAAUUUGAUUUAUAUACUUAUCGCAAUAUUACUUGUUGCUCCAUUUCUUAGUACGCAUUGUUUAAAGCAAGUCUUAAACAUAAGGUUUCAACAGAACGAGAACUGCUAUAAUUGUCGUGAUUUAUGUAAUAUCGUGUCAAUUGGCAAAAUUAAUAAAAAAUAUGACGAAUGUAAGAGACCGCAAGAAAUGUACGUCGAUAUUUCGAGGU